CGUUAGAAGGACGCAGAACCCGCAGGUCGCAUUGUUCGUGAGCAGCUCUGCUCUCGACUCCUGUCCUCUUGGUUGCCAGAGGCGCUGCUCGGCAUCUGUGUGUCACAGGAGGGGAAAGCUUUAGGAAUUUUUACUACAGCGGAUCAAGCCUCCUGCUGCUGUCCCCCUCCCUCAAACCUCCAGACCUCCGAGGAUUAGUUAGUUAAUUUGGACGGACAUGGCCGAGGCUUUAAGGAGAUUGACCAAUACGUCUUCAUUCACCGUCUUACAGGACAAGCUUGAGAUCUGGCAAACAGAGUACCAUGUAUUUUCCUGUGACCAGAAUCUGAACAGAUGUUGUGAGCUGAUUGAGUUCACUGCCAAGAUCCAAGGCCAGCUGUUUUCCAUCCUAAACCUUACUGCAGCCGAGGGUGGUCAGUAUGCUGGGGUCGACACUCUUAAAACACGUCUUCUGCCUUUCCUUGGAAACUGUUUCUCCGUUGCAAGUACCUCUGUCACAGACGACAUCAGUCGUCAGCUCAUGCAGGAUUCAGCAGAGAAGGACAGAAAGAUGAGGGAGCUCUCUUUCUCCCAUGAGAGCGACAUGAAGAAGAUGGAAGCUCAGCUGAGCUCCACUCGCCUCCAGCUGGAGUCAGUCACUGCAGAACUCAUAGAUGCUCAGAAUGAGCUGGAUGACACAAGGAACAAGUCGGCGACCACCAUUCUCGCCACCGAGGAUGAAAUCUUACAGCUUAAAGCAGAUUUGCAUUCUGCAAAUGAGCAAGUGGAAAUAUGUCAAAGGAAGCUAGAGGCUCUUGAUGACUACAAGCGACAAAUUCGCUUGUUGAAGGAUGAAGUGUCUUAUCUGAAUACAGAGAAGGCCAUGCUGCAAGAGAGGCUGGUUAGAAAUCGGUCUCCGAGUCCUUUGCCUAGGCUCAGCCGCUCAUCCAGCCCACUGAGGAGCGAUUCGCCCACCAGAGCCCAGCUUACGAACUCUUCGCGCCACGCACGCCUUGUCUCGCGUUUCAGUGAUCUGUACGCUGUGGAGCGUCUGGAAGCACAGAGCCUCCUACGACGCUACAUCGCAGACUUGGAGAUGGUCCAGAGAAUCAUCUUCAUCGCUGCCAUGGAGUCCUUCAAAACUGCAAAACUGGGCUACCGUCAGUUCAAGCUUCAAGUGAGAAAGACAUUGUCCACAUCCCACUUUGGUCCAGAGAGUCUUGAGGAUGCAGCUGUGGAUUACAUUGUCAGAAACCUAGACCUCUAUGAUGUGCAAAGUAGUGUCAAUGAUGUGAUCAAUGCCAUGAACAUGAACCCCCAGAUCUCCUUCCCUCCAGAAGUGGACUUUACUCUCAUCGGUCCCUUGAUCAGAGAGACCUGCAGGGUGGCUUUUGCCAUGCAGACACUGGACCCACCUCUUGACAUGGCCUUUGCAAGUGAUGGUGAACUAUACAACGACACCAAGUACCGUCGAAGCUUUGAUUCUGAGUUCACUGCUCCGCUGGUGAUCUACCAUGUGUGGCCAGCCUUGGUGGAAGGAAACACAGUAAUUGUUAAAGGCGAAGCUGUGACCAGAAGAGGCGCACUGUGGAGUAGAAGCAGGAGCAGACCUUCCAGCCCUUUACGCUCCCGAUCUCUCAGCCCAACUCGCAGCCUUAGAUUUAACAGCAAGAGAAGCCUGUCUCCUGAACGCCUCACAGCUAGACACCUGUAGGAACUCAUUGUUCAACAUUAAAGUGAUAACCACCUCUGUUUCCUGCAUAUGAAAUAAACUCUUAAGGAUUUGCUCAUUUGA